AUGGCGACAACCAAGAAAAUUCCAUCUCCAGUACAAGUGCAUGCAAAGAGAGAGGACAUCGACAUCGCCAAAGUAAGUUCAGGAAACGAGACAGACCGAAAAGAGGAAGAUGUCGAUGCCCCAGAAAUGUGCCCAGGACGCCGAACACCUGUCCCCAGCGUAUACUUGCCAGCCACGACAAGUAAAAAUAUCCAACAGAAGAAGAAGGUAAAAGAAGAAGUACCCCCCAUCCCUGAAAAGAGUAUUGGGGGAGAUAUCAAAAAACGAAGCGAGCACGCCUACGGCCUCCAUGGCACAGAUACCGCUCCUAACAGCUACCCCAACCCGCAACCUGGCAAGGCCGAGCCGCGAUGCCUUCACGUGGGAGACCUGCACGCAGCGGUGUAUUCGGAGCAGGAAUCCGAAGAUACUUACGGGUACAGAGAGGCAGAGGAAGUAGUCAACAAGGGGUAUAAGGAGGAAUCUGGCUCCCACAACUACCACAAACCAGACGGUGAUGUUUACGGGUACGAGGAGCCCGUUGAAGAAGUGAGCUUUGCAUACAGGGCUAAAGGGCAUGUCAAUGAAAUAUGGAAAAAAUGGAAAUCUAGCAGAGUGUGCUGGUUUGCACUGGGUUGUGGACUUCUGGUCGUAGCAUCAGUUGUCAUCUCUGUCAUCCUGGCAACUCAUAUCACCCACGGUGGGAGGGUAAGCUAA